GAAUUUUAAUGCACUUGUUGCCAUAAACUGCUUCAUUGUACUUUGUUUCAAGAUAACACUCCUCUCAUUCAUUUUGAAUAUGCUUUCAGCUCCUUUAGUGAAAAUCAGGGAUGAAUAACUUGCUGAGAUAAGUGUUUUGACAGCUCUGGUGAUUCGCUUUUAUGAGGCAGAAAUCUUAUGCAAACAAUUGCUCUGAGCUGGAAAAAAAGGCAGGAACCUGAUCACACCAGUUUGCUAUCUGAGCGUGUUCAGCCCUUCACAGUACCACCAACAUAGGUUAUAACUGGCUAAUUUCCAUUCUACUGGAUUCACCUGCACGUGAAUUCACAUUAGUGUAGUUUUCAUGUAGCUGUUAAUUCACUGAUAAGGCUUUAGCACCAUGUUACUGGGUCAAACUACUGUCAUGAACAGGCGUGCAACAUUUCAAGGAGCUCUAUGUGUCCUGAACAGCCUGCAGAAUAAUGCUGGAGUUUUGGAGAGACUGAAAGCACGCCAAGACAAUCCUGCUGUGCAGUUCCAGGCCAUGCAGGGAUUCCUCCAUCGGACCGGCAUCACUGUGGGUGAACUGGACAAGCUCAACAUUGUCCAUGUUACUGGGACUAAAGGAAAGGGGUCAACAUGUGCUUUCAUUGAGAGGAUACUGAGGAAUUAUGGCUUUCGGACUGGAUUUUACAGCUCUCCACACUUGGUUCAUGUCAGAGAGAGAAUACGCAUCAAUGGAUGGCCGAUCAGCAAGAAGCUUUUCACCAAGUACUUUUGGGAGGUGUACGAGCGGUUAGAGGACACAAAGGACAUCCAUGGAGGCAGCAUGCCCUUCUAUUUCCAGCUCCUGACUCUGCUGGCAUUCCAUGUUUUCCAACAAGAGCAGGUGGAUUUGGCAGUGAUUGAAGUGGGGAUAGGAGGGGAGUAUGACUGCACAAACAUAAUCAGGAAGCCAUGGGCAUGUGGGGUCACAUCUCUCGGGUUUGAUCACUGCAGUCUGCUUGGAGACACUGUGGAGAAGAUAGCCUGGCAGAAGGCGGGAAUAUUCAAGCCAGGUGUUCCAGCGUUCACUGUCAGACAACAAGCCGGCCCUCUGGGAGUCCUGCAGGACAGAGCUCAACAGAUUGGGUGUCCUCUGUGGGUCUGUCCUGAGCUGGAUCAGUAUGAGGCUGCGAUCGGUCCUGUGAGUCUGGGACUGGCGGGGAAGCACCAGCGCUUAAACGCAUCACUCGCCCUGCAGCUCAGCUACAGCUGGCUGCAACGCCAUGAGGCUGUACAGAAAGGAAAUGACCAGAGUUUAGCUGAAGCUGCCGGCAAACCAGACUCCCAGGCCGUCACUUUUCAGCCCAGCACAGCUAUGCUGCAAGGUCUGAAGGAGACAGAGUGGUUAGGACGAAACCAGAUGCUGAGGCAUGGCUCUGUCACAUAUUACCUGGAUGGAGCUCAUACCACAGCCAGCAUACAGGCCUGUGUCCGCUGGUUCAUCCAGGAGAUGCUGCAGAGAGACCAGACUCGGGGCCCUGGUCUUAAAAUCCUGCUAUUUAACACAACAGGAGAAAGGGACUCUGCUUCUUUACUCAGACUGCUGGUGCCCUGCCAGUUUGACUACGCUCUGUUCUGCCCCAACAUCACUGAAACACCUACAGACAAUACAGCUCAACGCAGUGCCAGUGUGAAUGUGCAGCACAUGUUGGCACGCUGCAGAGCAAACCAGAGCAGCUGGCAGAGCCUGAACACCACAGAAAUAAUACAUCGCCACCUGCUGACCAACUGCAGGAAUCACAGCCUGGUGUUCCCCUGCAUCGUGAGCGCCCUCCAGUGGAUCAGUCAGGGAACAGAGUUGGUGUCAGUCCCUGCUGGAUCAAAGAGUUCAUGCCGGAUCCCUCCUCCUGAGUCCACUGACAAGCUGAGGGAGGCAAGUCACAUUUCUGUUCUGGUGACGGGCAGCUUGCACCUGGUGGGAGGAGUGUUGAAACAUCUGGAACCUUCACUCGACUCAUAGUGGAUCAGAAAUGACUGAUUGCGGUUUUAUUACUAUUUUAAUACCAAUCAGAGGACUUUAUACUCACAGUGAGUCUUGUAGGGUUUUAUGUUUAUGGUAACUACUGAUGACAAAUUUAACAUUUAUGUUAUUUAAUGUCAGUAUCAAUACAAUAUUUCUGGGAACUUCAUAUAAUCUUAUUGUUUCUUUUAUUGUUAUUUUAUAGUCUUAUUGUGCUAUUGUUACUUUAUUAUGAUAUUUCUACAAUAUCUCUCAGGAGAUACUUAUGUGUAACAGUCACCAUAAGUAAAGCACUACUCCUUUUGUAACUGCUACACAACAAUAUAAUGCUCUACUAUAUAGAUAUACAUAUAUUCAUAGACAUCAUUUACAUUUAUUUGGUUUUAUAUGGUAGAAUAUCAAGUAAAGUCUCAUAAUUGUAAGAUCAGUAUUGGCUGUAUAGUGGCCUGUAAUAAUAAUAACAACAAGAAAUUCCAAGAAUACGAAGUGUGUGUUUAUGGUUUUCAACAGUAGGUUUAAUAGUGAAUGCUAUGUAGAAGAGGUAAUUUGCUUAUUGGGACCAUGUACAGUGUUAAACAUAAAUAUUACCAUUUGAUGUACUGUACUUAUAGCUCAUUUCCAUCUGUACUCCCUUCAAUAGGUCAAUAUGAAAAUAUAAAACAGCACAAUAACAAACAGUACAAAGCAAACACAAAAUACCAAGCUACACACAAAGACACAUCAU